UGCUACGAAUUCUACCCGAUACAAAGGGGAUAGGGAUAGUAGCCUCCAAGAUCAUCAUCAUCAUCACCUUGAGAAGAACCGAAGGAACGCGGCGCGACCACUGACUUCUCGUGAAGUCUCGAGUGUUCACGAGAUCAAAAUAAUAAUGGAUGAUGGCAACCCGAAGGGUCCAUGUACCAAUUUCUAUUGAUGUACCACAAGGAUCUCUAGAUACUGGCCGAGAACUUUUUGAAGGUUGUAGAAACGGCGAUGUCACACGCGUUAAGAAACUUGUUACCCCUUUGAAUGUAAAUUCGCGCGACACCGCAGGAAGAAAGUCGACACCACUACACUUCGCAGCAGGAUUUGGUCGACAUGAUGUAGUCGAGCAUCUUCUGCAGAAUGGGGCCAAUGUCCACGCUAAAGAUGAUGGAGGACUCAUACCACUUCAUAACGCUUGUUCCUUCGGACAUGCAGAGGUGGUUCAGUUGCUGCUGAAGCAUGGUGCAGACUCAAAUGCUCGUGACAAUUGGAAUUUUACACCAUUGCACGAAGCUGCUAUUAAGGGAAAAGUUGACGUUUGUAUAGUUUUGUUGCAACACGGGGCCGACCCAACUGUACGAAAUGCUGACGGGAAGACUCCAUUGGAUCUCGCUGACACCUCCACAAGAGCCGUUCUUAUGGGUGAAUACAGAAAGGAUGAACUUCUCGAAGCUGCACGUAGUGGAAAUGAAGAGAAAUUGAUGUCUUUGCUCACAUCCUUGAAUGUAAACUGCCAUGCAAGUGAUGGAAGGAAGUCAACUCCUCUCCAUCUGGCAGCGGGGUAUAACAGAGUGCAAAUUGUCCAGUUGCUACUGCAGCAUGGAGCUGACGUCCAUGCCAAGGACAAAGGGGGCUUGGUUCCUCUGCAUAAUGCCUGCUCUUAUGGCCAUUUUGAAGUCACUGAAAUGCUGAUAAAGCAUGGAGCAAACGUGAAUUCCAUGGAUCUAUGGCAGUUUACCCCACUGCAUGAAGCUGCGUCCAAGAGCAGAGUUGAAGUCUGCUCGUUACUUCUGAGUCAUGGUGCUGACCCCACAUUACUAAACUGCCACUCCAAAAGUGCGAUCACUGUAGCCCCAACCCGAGAACUGCAAGAUAGGAUGUUAUACGAGUAUAAAGGUCACACCCUUUUGGAAGCUGCACGACAAGCCGACAUUGCUCGCUUGAAGAAGUACAAUUCUGUUGAUGUGAUAAAUUUUAAACAUCCCUUCACUGGUGAUACUGCACUGCAUUGUGCUGUAAUGUCUCCAUUCCCGAAACGCAAGCAGGUUGUGGAGCUGUUGCUGCGAAAGAAUGUCAUUGUCAAUGACAAGAACAAAGAGCUUUUGACGCCUCUCCACAUAGCUGCGGACAAGUCGCACUUCGACGUCAUUGACCUCCUUAUCAAACACGGUGGAAAAGUGAAUGCUUUGGACGGGCUGGGCCAAACAGCCCUCCAUCGUUGCUCACGGGAUGGCAAUGUGCAAGCAUGCCGUCUGCUUCUGUCAUAUGGUGUUGAUCCAACAAUAGUAAGCCUUGAAGGGUACACUGCUGCACAAGUUGCUAAUGAAGCUGCUCAGAAGAUUUUGCACGAGCCUCACAGAGGAAGUGCUGAUAUGGAGUAUCAACUGCUAGAGGCAGCAAAGGCUGGAGACCUGGAGGUUGUAAAGAAACUAGUUGCCGCAAACUCCGACAUUGUGAACUGUCGAGAUGUAGAUGGCCGCCAGUCCACACCUCUCCAUUUUGCCGCGGGUUACAACAGGGUGUCUGUAGUGGAGCACCUUUUACAACAGGGGGCUGAUGUGCAUGCAAAAGACAAAGGAGGACUGGUUCCCCUGCACAAUGCUUGCUCCUAUGGCCAUUAUGAAGUAGCUGACCUACUUGUAAGGCAUGGAGCAAGUGUGAACGUGUCUGAUUUGUGGAAAUUUACACCGCUGCAUGAAGCUACUGCCAAAGGGAAAUAUGAUAUUGUCAAACUGUUAUUAAAGCAUGGAGCAGAUCCAAACAAGAAGAACAGGGAUGGACAUACUGCACUAGACCUGGUAAAGGAAGGUGACCAAGAUGUUGCAGACUUGCUAAGAGGUGAUGCGGCCUUACUGGAUGCUGCCAAGAAGGGAAACCUUGCUCGUGUAAUGAAGCUCUUAACUCCCGAAAAUAUCAACUGCCGUGAUUCACAAGGGAGAAACUCUACUCCUUUGCACCUAGCUGCUGGGUAUAAUAACUUUGAGGUUGCAGAGUUACUGCUUGAGAAUGGGGCUGAUGUAAAUGCUCAAGACAAAGGUGGCCUGAUACCACUACAUAAUGCCUCUUCGUAUGGACACCUCGACAUUGCAGCGUUAUUGAUAAAAUACAACACUGUGGUCAAUGCGACUGAUAGAUGGGGCUUUACACCUCUGCAUGAAGCUGCUCAGAAGGGCCGCACGCAGCUGUGUGCACUCCUGCUUGCACAUGGGGCUGACUCUGCAAUGAAGAAUCAUGAGGGACAGACUCCAUUGGACAUUGCUCUGGCGGAGGAUGUGAGGUGUUUGCUUGUAGAUGCCAUGCCACCACAUGCUCUACCACCUUCUGUGAAAUCAACAUCAAGCCCUGUAACAACCGUCCCUGCAAAUGCCUCGUCCAGCAUCCUGCCAAACCAACUGUCUACGCUCUUGCCUCUGUCUCUGGAGGCAUUGGAAGCUGAGAUUCCUCCAGCAAUAAAUCUGUUGACAACCCAGAGGUCAUUUGGUAGCCUCUCCUCUCAUCACAUUAGCGGCUCAGCUGAGUCGACUGGUUCAGAGUUCUCAGAAUCGUCACUGCAGAAUCGUGAGCUUGCUAGCUUCCUUGCAAGCCUUGGACUCAACCACCUCCGAGAGGUCUUUGAGAAGGAGAAGAUCACAAUUGACAUUCUUGGGGAGAUGGGACACGAAGAACUGAAGCAAAUUGGUGUGACAGCAUAUGGUCAUCGCCACAAGCUAAUGAAAGGAAUAGAGAAGUUGCUCACUGGUCGUGCUACUCCUAACUCAUUCAUGGCAAGUGCUCCAGGGACCAUUCUUGUUGAUUUAGCUCCUGAUGAUAAGGAAUACUUGACAGUUGAAGAAGAGUUGCAAGCAACAAUAAGGGAGCAUAGGGACAAUGGUUAUGCUGGAGGUGUCUUUCUACGAUAUAAUAUAAUUAAGAUCCAGAAGGUGCGCAACAGAAAACUUCUAGAACGGUAUUGUCAUAGGAGAAAAGAAGUAGCCGAAGAAAAUCACAACCAGUCAAACGAGCGCAUGUUGUUCCAUGGAUCACCUUUCAUAAAUGCCAUUGUACAAAAGGGGUUUGACGAAAGGCAUGCGUACAUAGGUGGAAUGUUUGGUGCAGGUAUUUAUUUUGCAGAGAACUCAUCAAAGAGCAACCAAUAUGUGUAUGGCAUCUGUGGGGGGACAGGAUGUCCGAUUCACAAGGAUCGUUCCUGCUACAUUUGCCACAGGCAAAUGCUGUUGUGCAGGGUGACCCUUGGAAAGUCAUUUCUUCAGUUCAGUGCUAUGAAAAUGGCACAUGCCCCACCUGGACAUCACUCAGUAAUUGGUCGUCCCAGUGUUGGUGGGCUUUCGUAUCCAGAGUAUGUUGUGUACAGGGGGGAACAGGCAUAUCCCGAAUACUUGAUAUCUUACCAAAUCCAAAAGCCAGAGGAUCAGUCAUCUCUGAACAACACAUGAUGGUUUCCUGUUCUCUUAAGUGUUGCAUAAAAAUGUUAGUGCUAAUUUGUCCAUAAGCUGCUUAGGUGGACACAUUAGAAUAUAGCCUGUGUACAGUGAACAGGUUCCUGACAUGCCAUUGCAAUGUUUUUCAAAGUUACAUGUGGAAUCAUACAAUACGCCUGUCUUAGCGGUAGUUAAUGUCUCAGAGUUGGAAAGCCGAGUGACGAUUGGGUAAACCCAUAUUCGAUGGCUGUUCAUUGUAAUGUGCACAUUAAGCAAUAACUGUUAUCCAGAACCUUUUUAUACAUGUGCUUCAUUGAAGUGAGUACAAAAAUAUAAAAGUUUUGAGGUCCUGUGUCACGUGUGACGAGGUGCGGUUGUAGAGAAGGGUUCCGGACCCCCCCCCCCCCCCUCCCACUCAAUUUUUGUCGUCACAUGGUGCUUCAUUAGACCCUGGGUAGCGUAUGUAGCAUGCAGUCCAAGGCCGGACCCCCCCCCCCCCCUCAGAAAACUUGGAUCCGCCCCUUUGUGUAACUACUCUGUAUUGAGGGGAAAAGAACAAAACUGGUACAUGUGCAGUUUGUAGAACUUGUACUGUGGGGUGGCACAUAGAAGUGGCUUUGUAUGUAGCAUCAAUAUUUUGUAAUACGCGGCACAAAUCGGCACACAAAAAAAUUCAGGAUUUGACACAAUUUAAGGUAUGUUCAAGCUACGUGUGAAAGACAAAACUGUUAACUACAUCGCAACCUAAAAGUUUGAACAUAUGUGGCAUAUGUUUCAGUGAUUCUCUGAUUCAUUUCAGUGAAGUAGUUAAUGGUUUUGCUGGAAACGAAACUGGUGCCACACCAAAUAAAUGACUUCGAGUUCCGUAGGUGAUUGCUGCAAGGUCACACCAGAGUAGGCUUCCACAAAUGGAAUGGUACACACAGCAUGUCAUGUGCAUUCCUUUUAAUUGCAAUGUAACUUGUAAGUACUGUACACCAACUUCCAAAAUGUGUGUUGCUACCACCUGUGUGUGAACGUAAUAUCGUUACGCUUCUAUUUAUUUGGUAUUUAUAUUUAAAUCUGACGUCAUUCACACUUG